AUGCGUCUAUUUAUCAGUCUAUCACAGUCUGUUCAAAUCUAUUUCAGUCUCUUCAAAUCGAUCUAUCUAUCUCUCUAUCUCAGUGUGUUCAAAUCUAUGUCAGUCUGUUCAAAUCGAUAUAUCUAUCUAUCACAAUCUGUUCAAAUCUAUCUCAUCUGUUCAAAUCUAUCUAUCUAUCUAUCUAUCUAUCUAUCACAGUCUGUUCAAAUCUAUCUCUGUUCAAAUUUGUCUUUAUAUCUCAAUCUGUUCAAAUCUAUCUAUCUAUCUAUCUAUCUAUCUAUCUAUCUAUCUAUCUAUCUAUCUAUCUAUCUCUGUUCAAAUUUACAUAUCUAUCUCACCUGUUCAAAUCUAUCUAUCUCAGUCUGUUCAAAUCUAUCUAUAUCUCUGUCUAUCUAUUCUACGCGACUGCCUUUGUCUCUCCCCUCGCAGUCAGCUUCCAAUCGAUUCUCUUUCCCAUUUUCUACGAUUUCCCUCCUCCCCCCCUCUCUCUCUCUCUCUCUCUCUCAUUCACUGUUCCUUAACUAUCCACUUUCCUCCUCCUCUUGUCAUUGGGGUCUGCUAGUAAAUCAAGCACGCACAUGUUUCCCAUCCUUUGCCUUGGUCAAGCAGAUACAGCUGAACCGGACACUUGUGGGACGCGAUUCCUGA